UCGUACUGAACGUGACAUACGCGCCAUUUUACGUUCGUUGCAGAAGCUUGGUGGCUGAGAUCUGAUCUUGUAUCUCUGUGAACACCACGACCGCGACAGAAUUGCGUUGAAUUCAAGUCAUGUCGAACGGCAGCGGGGAUCACGAUGAUGAAGGAUACGUCGUUAAGAUGCGCGGACUUCCAUGGUCCACCACUGUGGAUGAGAUCAUGAAGUUCUUUGGUGACUGCUCUAUUUCUAACGGUAAAAACGGAGUACACAUGACUAUGUCGCGUGAAGGACGACCCAGCGGCGAAGCUUAUGUAGAAAUGGAUACUCCGGAGGAUAUUGAGAAAGCUUGCAAGCGAGACAGAGAUCAUAUGGGUCAUCGAUACAUCGAAGUAUUUAAAGCCAAACGUGGUGAGAUGGAAUGGGUCGUGAAAAGGAGCGGCCUAAACUUGGAGAACGCGAUGGACGACGGUUGUGUGAGAUUACGCGGUCUCCCAUUUGGUUGCUCGAAAGAGGAAAUUGCACAGUUCUUCUCAGGGUUGGAGAUAUUGCCGAACGGGAUUUCGCUACCUACAGACUACACGGGCCGCAGUACUGGGGAGGCUUACGUUCAAUUUGUUAACAAAGAUGUUGCGGAGCGCGCUCUGCAGAAACACAAGGAAAAGAUAGGACACAGGUACAUCGAGAUCUUCCGCAGCAGUUUAUCCGAGGUACGCGCCAGUAUCGGGCCGAAAAUGCGCGGUGGUCCCAUGGGUGGCUUCAAUCAGAGGCCCGCGCCAUACACUCGCGGCGAUCGCUUCGGCGGGAUGAAUCGUUUCAGCAACAACGGCAGAGGAUCCAGAAACAGAGGUAAUUUCUCUUGGCAUGUCCUUCACAACCCACGAGGAAGCCGUGAAAGCAACGUGCAAAAUUUUGACAACGGCCCAUGGGGGAACGGGAAUAACUACGGAUCUCGCGGUGGUAACAUGGGGAUGCGCGGCGGCAUGGACAUGAAAGGCGGUAAUUACAGAGGUAGCGGUGACUCCUGGGGCGGUAAUUCGGGCGUUCACAGUAUUCACAUGCGAGGAUUGCCAUUCAAAGCGACGGAACAGGACAUAGCCGACUUCUUCAGACCGACCGAGCCGGUAAACGUUCGUAUUAUCAUGGAAAAUGGUGGUCGUCCAUCGGGAGAAGCCGAUGUGGAGUUCGCAACCCACGAGGAAGCCGUGAAAGCAAUGUGCAAAGAUAAAAGCCACAUGUCGCACAGAUACAUCGAACUGUUCCUGAAUUCCACCGGUGGCUCAAGCGGUAUGUCACUAAGUGGCAUCGGCAAUUUCUGCGGAGGCUUAGGCAACAACUUCAGGCCAGGAUACUCGCCGAAUCGGGGCUUCAGUUCGCAGUUGGGAGGCAAUAAUUACAAUAGUUUUUGAGACCGGGCAAUGCGUUUUUAACGCUGUGAACGACGUUGUAAAACGGUCGAAGAAUCAAAGUGGAUUGCUGAUCACACAAACCACACAUCUAAAAUCAUACCGAUGCAAUAUUCGAAUUCAUGAGAACUUUCUUUUUCUUUAAUUAUAUCUUACAUAUUAAUCGUAAACCAAACCAAUAGUGUGUAAGUACCAGCUUAUUCUUUUUUCUCUCUCUUUUCUUUCCUUUAAAAGAAUAGAACAUAUUUCUAUUGGAAAUACUCUGUAAGUGUGUGUGGAACACACAUCGUUGAAGUAUCGCGAAGAAAAAAGUGCCUAAGGGCAAAAAGUUGCAAUUUUAUUUUAUUUUUGGUAUCGUAUGUGUGUCAUUCUUUUUCUUGUCAAAUAUAUAUAGUGCAAAUUGCAAGCGAAAAUUAUUGCAAGGCAUCGAGGAAGAUUGGAAAAACAUGUUUGGUGAUAUUAGGAGAAAUGUUUUCUUUUUGUUUCACGACGAUGUUCAUCUUAGCGCAGCAUACGAUCUGUUCUGAUCUAGUGUCGAACGAUUAGAAUAAUCAUUUCUCAUGAUACGUAGCUAUUGUGUUACAUAUCAUAAUAGCUUUGAUGCGAGCUUAGACGUGAUGUUUGUCGGUGUGCGUCGAAUUGUAGCGUGCAAGCUGAAGCGCAAAGUAUACAAUUGUAAUAUACACGACUGAUUAAUAGUUUGCGAUUGUACCUCAACAAAUUUAUCGUAUAUUUACAUACCAUGAUGUGCAGGAUACAUAGAAUUCAGAGCACUCAUUCAAACACAUUCAUCUUUCGUCAUGGCGCGAUAUUGUACUAUACUGCGAUCUUCGAGGUAUCUUGGAAGUAAGUCAUAGUUCUUAUAUAGAUAUUGGUGUUAAUGAACUAUAUAAGAAAGUGCCAGCUGUGGCAAGUGUCGAUGUUACGUGAAUCUUAAAGAUAAGUGCAACUUCGGUUUAUAUUCUCUGAAAUAUUUGAAUAAAAAAAAAGCAAAUACCAACAA